UCGAGAAAAUCCAUCUUUGCCUAAUAAAAUCACAGUAUGCGCUGGCUUUAACAUGGCUUUACAAAACAUGCUUAGGAACAUCUCAAAUAGAGGAGAAGUGACAAAAGAAAAAAUCCAAAACGCCGUAUUAAGAGGAACUUAUACUUUCGAAAAAGAUGAGAAGAGUGAUAAAUUUAAUGUAACACUAGUAUAUCAAGCUAACAGAUCUGGCGAAAUGAAACACAACAUUUCUGAUUUGCUAGAUUUACGUGGACGCGCUCUACUGAUUGCAAAACCUGCUAAUAUUAGUACAGAUACUGAAGAGGAGAAUUCAAGAAAAAUAAUGAACGAAUUUGUAUCGCAAGUAGAUACGGCUCAAGAAAUUCUUAGUGUUGGAUAUAAACUUAUCCAGAUGGGACAUUUUGACUAUAGACGAUUUAAAAAAGAAAUUAGAGGAAAUGAGAAAAGGUUUGGAACUACAGAGAUGAGGGAGUUGUUAACAAAGAUUAAAGAAGACUUACAAAACUGGAAACAAGUAGUAGAUGAAGCACAAAAAGAACAUUAUUAUUUAACAUUCUUUCCUGCUCGUCAUAUUCUUGCCUUUUAUGACUACUUUACAUCUGAUGUGCAAGAUGAUGAAAACACAGAGACCUGCAGAACUCUUAUAAAGUUUGUUAACAGCAAAGCAGAAUUGCCCUCUCGAAAAGAUCGCUCAGGGAUUUCACGCAAAAACACCGAUUAUUCUCGUACACUUAAUGUAAUUGGUAAAAAAUUGCAGACUAUUUUUGGAAAAUUAUUAAAAUCAUCGCGUGAACUUAAAGUUAGAGGUGAACGUAUUAUCGCUGAUGUUGUCGAUAGGGGUAAAUUAUGUGUUGCCUCAUGUAAUGAUCAAUUACGUGUACCGAAUAUUAUUAUGAGUUUGUAUGCUAACCAUGGCACCUAUCCCGAACCGUGGCAAAUAUUAAUUUGCACAAAAUCUACGACUAUCGAAGAGCUUAAUAUUUUUAUUAAGCGCUGCUUUUUUGCCGCCAAAAAUGGGUAUAAAGAAAAGCUAUUCUGUAUUGCGAAUUUGGAACUACUGGAAUUUGAAUUGCAAUAUGGUCUAGUAGAAGAUCAAUUUUCCCAAGAUGUUCAUUCGACGAAUGGUCUUAAAGCUGAAGCCAUGAAAACGAUUUAUCGCGAUCUAUGCAGUAAUGUUAUUUGUGUUUCUUCUGAUCUAUCUGGACAAGGCAAAACUGAAUGGAUUAGACAAGCCAGUUUUGAAAAAAAGAAACUGAUACGUAGUUUUUUAAUUAGUGAUGGUGCAGAUUUUGGAAGUCUGGUUCGUCAACUUAAAGAUUGCAAACUUAAACCAUUGGAAAGCUUACAUAUAAACAUUAUAUCGGCUGAUAAUUCUAAUGAAAUCAAUAUGUUCUUAUUUGAAUUAUUGACAUUAGGAUUUGUUUCUAGUAAUGUUGUUAUAGCAAGUCUUCCACAAACAACUGUAUUUAUUGAGGUCGCAUCAACUGUUCAGCAGAAACUUCUUAACUCACUUCCGAUAACUGGUUAUUUAGUAAAAGAACAUUUGUCAUGGGAUAUUCGCCGUCUUAAUGUAUCAUCCGAGUUACGUAGCCCAAUUCAAAUUGUGUGUAAUUACUUAGAUGCAUAUGAUAGGCGUGAAGUUGAUGUGAGAGAUAUCGUGUUUCAUGGACAAGACGGCAUUAAAAAAUCGUUAUCAGAUCAAAGGUGUCAAGAUUUAAUAGCAAAGUACUUUUUUGAAGGAAAUGCUGAUGGUGUUUCUUCAUUCCGAUUUGUAGAAAUAUUUGUUAAUGUACUAGCAGAUCAGCUUAUUCGCCUUUCAUCAAGCGCUUAUUUUACCGUAGAAAAUUUAAAAUUGAUGAUGAAUGAUGAAACAUUAAUAAGAACAACAUUAGUUGAUACAUUUAUUGACGUUUCUAAGUAUUUUGCAACUAGAUCAGUAAAGGCUAAAGCAGCUCAAUUAGAAUCGACAUCUGAUGAUAAUGAUACGAAAUUCGAAAUAGUUCAAUGGGAUGCAUCCAAUCAUCUUUUGGUCUUUUUCAUGUCUCAAAAUCCGGAUUCGAUUUGUGCUUUAUAUCGUGAUAAAAAUAAAGUUCCUGAAAAUGUUCAAGAAUUUCUUAAAAGUCAAUUUAUUUCUGGCCCAAGCAAAUGGGAAUUAGAAGAUUACAAUCGGAUGCAGUCUAAAUUAUUAUUAGAGAGACUUGAGUGUUUAGCACGUCAAACGAGCCAUAAUAUUAAGCUUCCUCUGUAUGCACUAUCAGCUGAUAAUUUAAUAAAAAUGGCAUUAAUAUUGCUAAGGUCGCGUGCGAAUGUUCCCGUUGUCGUUAUGGGAGAAGCUGGAUGUGGCAAGUCUAGUUUAAUAGGGUUCCUGGCCAAUGUAGUUGAGGUUAAUUACGAACCAUUCAAUCUACAUGCAGGAAUUAAGGAGCAAGAUAUAUUAGAUUUCAUGGACAAGGCCCAGAAAAGAGCUGAUAAUGGCGAAUUGUGGUUAUUCUUUGAUGAAAUUAAUACAUGCAAUCACAUCGGGUUGCUUGCAAAUUUGAUAGCGCAUCGUACACUUAAGGGGAAGCCGGUGCAUCCUAAUAUUAGACUUUUCUCGGCAUGUAACCCUUAUCGUAGAAGGAUCAAAUCUCAAAGUCAAGCCGGAAUUAAACCCAAGGUUAGAAGAUAUGAAGAACAAAGUAACCUUGUAUAUCAAGUAAAACCACUUCCAGAUCAAAUAUUAGAUUAUGUUUGGGAUUAUGGUGUUCUCCUUCCAAAUGAUGAAAAAAAAUAUAUACAAAUAAUGGUACAAACACAAUUAGGAGAAGGGCAUGAAUUACUUACAGAGCUCUUAUUUACAUCUCAGCAAUUUAUUCGUUCAAUUGAAGAAAAAUAUA